AUGCUGCAGGCCCUGAAAGCCCAGACGGGCAAACCGGUUUGUGAGGUGAUCAGUGAAUAUUCCCGCAAGGUUGACUUUCUGAAGGGGAUGCUGCAGGCGGAGAAGCUGACCUCCUCCUCAGAGAAAGCGCUAGCCAACCAGUUCCUGGCCCCGGGCCCAGUGCCAACCGCAGCCAGGGAGCGGGUGCCUGCCACCAAGACAGUACACCUGCAGUCCCGGGCACGGCACACCUGCGAGAUGCGGAGUGAGCUGCUAGGCAUAGAUUCUGCUGCAGAGCCCGAGCUGGACGUGAGGAAGAGGACUGGUGUGGCAGGUCCCAGGCCAGGGGAUGAGAAGCAGUGGGCUGCUGAGCUAGACCUCCUCCUGCAACACCACCAGAACCUCCAUGAGAAGCUGGCAGAAGAAAUGCUAGGCCUGGCCCGGAGUCUUAAGAUCAACACACUAGCUGCUCAGAAUGUCACCAAGAAGGACAACCAGACCUGGCCGACCCUGUCGCACUCACUCAAGAUGGCUGACCAAAACCUGGAGAAGCUGAAAACGGAAUCAGGACGGCUGGAGCAGCAGGCCCAGGAAUCUGUCAACUAA